AGACGCAGCGCGAGACGAACCGCGUCUCAAGACUUCUCGUUUCUGUGACUAUUUAUUUUUUCAAAAAAUUAAGGAUAAAUUAUUUUUCUCUUCGUGCCUAAUUUUUAUUUUAUAGAUAUAUAACCUCCACAGAAACAGGUCCUCCUGACAUCGCCACCAUGACUUGGGGGGCACUCUACGCUCAGCUGGGCGGUGUCAACAAACACUCCACCAGUCUCGGAAAGAUCUGGCUGUCCGUCCUCUUCAUCUUCCGCAUCACCAUCCUGGUUCUGGCCGCUGAGAGCGUCUGGGGGGACGAGCAAUCGGACUUCACCUGCAACACGCAGCAGCCCGGCUGCAAAAACGUCUGCUACGACCACUUCUUCCCUGUGUCGCACAUCCGCCUGUGGUGCCUGCAGCUGAUCUUCGUGUCCACGCCGGCCCUGCUGGUGGCCAUGCACGUCGCCUACAGGAAUCGUGGGGACAAGAGGACCAUGCUGGCCUCCAACGGCACUGAGAAGACGACGGUUAGCGACCUGGAGACGCUGAAGAAGAGGCGCCUGCCCAUCACAGGCUCGCUGUGGUGGACCUACACCUGCAGCCUCUUCUUCCGCCUCAUCUUUGAGGGCGGCUUCAUGUACGCGCUCUACUUCGUCUACGGCGGCUUCCAGAUGCCACGGCUGGUGAAGUGCGAGCAGUGGCCCUGCCCAAACAAGGUGGAUUGCUUCAUCUCCCGGCCCACGGAGAAGACCAUCUUCACCAUCUUCAUGGUGUCGUCGUCCACCAUCUGCAUGGUGCUGAACGUGGCCGAGCUGGGCUACCUCGUCGUCAAGGCAAUGCUGAGGUGCUCGGCCAGGUCGAACAAGAGGAAACACCCGUACACCCACUCGGACAGCGCGCUGCUGGACAACAGCCAUCUACAGAACGUGAAGAACGAGCUGCUGCUGACCACUGACUCGCACUCGACCACCAAGAUGUGUUGAAGGACAGGCAUCCGUGGUGGAGGGGGGGCGGUAACCCCUCCCCCCAUGUCAUAGCCACACUGUGUGUUUAGUAAUCAGGCUCUAAAUGAAAACAUCCUCCAGAACCUUUAA